CCCGCCCUGCGCCGCUGGGCCGCGGAGGCCGUGCAGCUAUUGGCCCGCGCACCGGGCCGCCCGGGCCCCCGCACCCCAGUGACAUCAGGAGGCGAUAAAAGGCUGCGGCGCCGCCGGAUCCAGCACAGCUGCACCGCCGAGCUGCGAGCGGCUGCGAGCGAGAAAGCGUAAGAGCAAGAGAGCUAGAGAGCGAGCAACGGGCACUCGCCCCACGCCUCCCCUCAGCCCCACCGCGCGCUCAGCUGGCCUCUCCACCCCGCCCGACUCUACCCAGCCCGGUCCCUGCGCGGGCACAGCCCAGAGCUCUGGGGCGGUGCAGGCAGCCUCGGGACUCUCCGGCGCGCCGCCGCGUCCCCAGACAAAGGCUUGGCCGGCGGCCCCGGCCCGCUGCGCCCUCGCUCCCCGCCUCCCCGGCUCUCCGCUCUUCGCCCCCGCGCUUGGCUCGGCGCGCUCCGGCCGGCCGCAAAGUUUCCCGGGCGGCAGCGGCGGCUGCGCCUCGCUUCAGCGAUGGCCGCGGAGCUGAGCAUGGGGCCAGAGCUGCCCACCAGCCCGCUGGCCAUGGAGUAUGUCAACGACUUCGACCUGCUCAAGUUCGACGUGAAGAAGGAGCCACUGGGGCGCGCGGAGCGUCCGGGCAGGCCCUGCACACGCCUGCAGCCAGCCGGCUCGGUGUCCUCCACACCGCUCAGCACUCCGUGUAGCUCCGUGCCCUCGUCGCCCAGCUUCAGCCCGACCGAACAGAAGACACACCUCGAGGAUCUGUACUGGAUGGCGAGCAACUACCAGCAGAUGAACCCCGAGGCGCUCAACCUGACGCCCGAGGACGCGGUGGAAGCGCUCAUCGGCUCGCACCCAGUGCCACAGCCGCUGCAAAGCUUCGACAGCUUUCGCGGCGCUCACCACCACCACCAUCACCACCACCCUCACCCGCACCACGCGUACCCGGGCGCCGGCGUGGCCCACGACGAGCUGGGCCCGCACGCUCACCCGCACCAUCACCAUCAUCACCAAGCGUCGCCGCCGCCGUCCAGCGCCGCUAGCCCGGCGCAACAGCUGCCCACUAGCCACCCCGGGCCCGGGCCGCACGCGACGGCCGCGGCGACGGCGGCGGGCGGCAACGGCAGCGUGGAGGACCGCUUCUCCGACGACCAGCUCGUGUCCAUGUCCGUGCGCGAGCUGAACCGCCACCUGCGGGGCUUCACCAAGGACGAGGUGAUCCGCCUGAAGCAGAAGCGGCGGACCCUGAAGAACCGGGGCUACGCCCAGUCUUGCAGGUAUAAACGCGUCCAGCAGAAGCACCACCUGGAGAAUGAGAAGACGCAGCUCAUUCAGCAGGUGGAGCAGCUUAAGCAGGAGGUGUCCCGGCUGGCCCGCGAGAGAGACGCCUACAAGGUCAAGUGCGAGAAACUCGCCAACUCCGGCUUCAGGGAGGCGGGCUCCACCAGCGACAGCCCCUCCUCUCCCGAGUUCUUUCUGUGAGUCGUGGCCGGUCCUGGCCCCCGCCCUUGCCCCGGCCCGGACUCCCUGUCCCAUGUCCCUAGUCCCAGACUACCCCGGACCCUGUCCCUGCCGCGGCCCCAGCCUUGACCUGUUUGACUUGAGCGAGAGGGAGGAAGGGCGCGCGGGCCGCGGGCGACGGGCGACGGGCGGGUGCGCGGGCGGGCAGGGGACCUUGGCUAAGGCGAGAGUAGCGCACGCCAGCGCCGCCUCCUAGACUCGAGCAGAGCCGGAGAGAGAGACGAGAGGGUGGGAGGUCCCGGAGUAACUUCUCUCCUGGCUGGAGGGCGGCGAGGCAUAGUCCCGAGAAGUCACCAAGGCCAUCUGGAGACUCCUGGCUUUCUGAACUUUGCGCGUUAAGCCGGGACAGCUGCUUUGCUGCCCGGAGAGUAGUCCGCGCCAGGAAGAGAGCAACGAGGAAAGGAGAGGGACUCUGGCAUCCCGGCAGGCGAGAGGCGAGGCUGAGCGAAAGAAGGAAGGACAGACGGACCCGUCUGUCAGAGUUCGGAGAACACUGGCUCUCAGCCCUGAGACACGGGCCUCAGUUAGGACGCUCGGCGCCCAAAUCUCAUCAGUUUUAUUGCCUGCUCGAUUAUAUAGAAAAAUACAAAAAAUCUGCAUUAAAAAUAUUAAUCCUGCAUGCUGGACAUGUAUGGUAAUAAUUUCUAUUUUGUACCAUUUUCUUGUUUAACUUUAGCAUGUUGUUGAUCAUGGAUCAUACUCCCCUUGUUUCUUUGGGUGAGAAGGGAUCGCAGUUUGGAAACUCCGGCGGCUGCGUGCGGGGUUUCAGUCCCAGCUGUAGGCUUGUAAAUACCCGCCCCGCCAAACCGCAUAGAGAACGUGGCAGCAAGCUGAGGGUCUUUGUCUGGGUUUAUUAUUACGGUAUUUUUGUUUGUAAGUUAAAAAGAAAAAAAAAAAGAAAAAGUUCCGGGCAUUUUGCAUCAGAAAACAACUUUGUCUUGGGGCACACUUGGAAGUUGCAUGUUUUCUUUCCUUCCCUUAUCCCCAUUCGGUCCUCUUUUUCCUCUCCCGCUUUAGUUUUCAACCUUGUUGGUGCUGAGAGAGAGAACCGAGAGGUCCCAGUACAAGGGCAGGGCAGGGCAGGGAAGCUGCCAAGCUCCGCACCCCAGAGGAGUGUACUGGACUCCAGCCUUGUCUUAUGGUCAAAUUGAUACCCUUAAUAAGAAAGGAAAGGAAAGGAAAACAGAUCCUCCCCUCUGCUUUUUAUUGUAACCAGAAUCACCCUGAGGUCCCUUCUGAACCGUCUGGGCCUGCGCUAAUUGUAGGAGCCACAGCGCUCCUAGGGUGAGAGGCUUAGCCAUCCCUGACCCUGGCAGUGCACUGGUGAGCAGACACUGCACUGAACCAACUGCUAUGCUCAGAAUGUACCAGAAACCCAAACAUUGGCAAGUAAUUUUGCAACUUUCAAGUGCGUUCUUUAGACCAAUGCAUUGUGUUUCUUUCCCUGCUUUUGAGAUAGUAGGAAGAGUUCUUGGUGGUGUCCCCCCCCCUUCAAUUCUUCAGUUGUAUAGUAGUUAUAGGGAAGAUAUGGGUGUUUUUCUUUAUUAUUACUUUUUUUUUUCUGCAGGUCAGUAAAAGGAUUUAAGUUGCACUGACAAAAAUACCAAAAUAAAAGUGUAUUUUUAAGUUCCCAUUUGAAAUUGCUGGCGCUGCUGGCCGGAUGCAUUUUUGAGUUUGUAUUAGUUGAUAAAUUAACAGUAAUAACAAGAUUGUAUGAACCGCAUGGUGCUUGCAGUUUUAAAUAUUGUGGAUAUUUGUCCUGCAUCAGAAACGAGCUUUGGUUUUUACAGAUUCAACUGUGUUGAAAUCAAACCUGCCGCAACAGAAAUUGUUUUUAUUUCAUGUAAAAUAAGGGAUCAAUUUCAAACCCUGCUUAUGAUAUGAAAAUAUUAAAACCUAGUCUAUUGUAGUUUUAUUCAGACUGGUUUCUGUUUUUUGGUUAUUAAAAUGGUUUCCUAUUUUGCUUAUUAAAACCAUGGAAAUGGUGUUUAUUUAGA